AUGCUUGCAUUGGCACCAUGUUUUUUCCAGCUACUCCUUGGCUACUCUGAAAAUGCACGCAGCGAUACACCAUCUCACAUGGAGGAGGAAGUUGCAUCCCCAAAGGGUUCUUUGGCUGCAACUUUUGAGAGUUCCGUCCAGUCUCCCAAUUCCACAGAUCUUACACACCGUGAACCACUUCCCAUGAGCAUGGAUGCUCAAAGCUCUGUGGCGAUUUCUUUAGGCGAUAUACCAUCUAUCCCCACUCACACGGAAGGGGACAUUUUAUCCCCAGCAGGUUCUAUGGUUGCCAUCCACUCUCCCAUGAGCAUGGAUGCUAAAAGCCCUGUGGUGGUUCCUUCACUCCCUUCCGCCCCUCUCAACCCCAGUUGUAAUGCGACUUCAGACAAGAGUCUUAUCCCUCAACCCCAUGCUGCACACACUUUCCCUCAAACCCAAACUCUUACAACCUCCGACGCCAAAGGCCAUGACAUCGACGUGAACAUGCAUCCAGUGGAGACUGGGCUCCCCAUGAGCGUUGAUCUGAAGCAGUCAUUCAAUGAGCUUGUUGAAUCAGCAGAGCGGAAUCUUACCUCUCAGCCUGGCAGGGUCUUCCAGAGGCAUCAAUCCGUCCUUCAUGGGUAUGAAUCUACCUUGGCCACACACAAGGCUAAUCUGGAACAUUAUGAGGUGUACUUCACUGGUGUUGCAAAGGGCGAAGGAGUCCCACAACACUAUGAGCAGUGGUUCGUCAACAAGUUCCUCGAGAUCACAGCCGAUGCGAAUAACACAGCACGUACCGCCAUUGAGAAAGGAGAGAAACUGCUACAUGGCUAUAAAGCCCGCAUGGAUGCUGGGCUAUGCUCAUUGACACUGGUUGAAGUGCUCCACAUUUGCCGGAAUCAUAUGAUGGUGCGAGGUUCUGAGAUGUCGGAUGUUGCGAAGUGGAAGACACUCCUGCACUAUACAGAGGAUGAGCUCAUAAAAACUGAUGCGGAGGCAGUCACAACGUUUCAGAGCAGUCGGAAGUGGCAGGAUGAUGAAGACUUUGAGGAUGGUGAAGAUGUAAAGCCAAAGAUAGAGGUGGGGUUCUCCGAUAAGAAGACGCCCGCGCCAGAGAAGUUUCGAGAAGACUGGUUGGACAUGAAUGAGACACAACAAGAGGAAAUGCAAGUUGCUUGCAAGAAGGCAAUCAACCUUUUUCUCCUGAAGGGGGAACAGAUCGAUUCGACUAUGAGACGGAUGAUACCCAGCACAUUCUUGAGUGUGACUUCAUUAUUUGUCGUCACCAUGGGCGGUAUCGGAUGA